UUCCCCCUUCGCACUUCCAGCAUCGUCCACCGUCUGAUGACCGGCAUGGACGCGUGGGUGGCAAUUUUAAAAUGAGUAUGGAAAUUGGAUCAGAAACAUAUUUUAUUAAGUGGCUUAGAAAUGAGUAG